UAAACGUAUAAACGGUUGGGGACAUUUUUUUGUAUGGAGUUACCGUUCUUCUCCUAGUGAGUAUUAUAUUCUUUGGUCGUAAUAAACGGAGUCGUAAUAAACGGUUGUACUUUCAUAGUAGCUUGUACUAAUACCAAACAAGUGCCUAUAGUUACGUCGCUAUAAGCGGUUGGUUGUUAUAUGCGAAGUCGCACUAACCGGACUCUACUGUAAUUGCAAUGCUAAUGGAUAAAUAUAUAAUAAUAUAAUAAAAUAAUUGGGUAGGUAAAGUCGUUUGAAGAUAGGCAAAUUAUAUUUUUUUCCGAUAGUAUUUAUUAUAGCGAUCACGGAAAUGCAGCUCUUUUAUUUUUAUUUCAUUUUAUUGAUUAAAUAUAAUUUUUUAAAUGAUCGAUAUGAUUUUGUGAGAUGGAAUGGCAGAUUCGAAUAAUUCCUUUGCACGUAAUAAAUGGGACGAGAUAGAAAAAAAAAACGAUGUCAACUGUCAGUGUCACUUAGCUCUCAUUCCCGAAAAAUAACGGACAAUAAUGCAAACACACUAUUUAACCAAAUUAUGGACAGACAAUUUAAGGGAUGGCUACAGGUCUACACAGAUGCCUCUAAAAUAAACCCAACAGAAUCUGUAGGAUCAGCGGUUUGGAUCCCAAAAUAUAAAAUAGUACUUAAUAAUAAAAGCCCUCCACAAGCCUCAAUAUUUACCGGCGAAGCAGUUGCUCUAUACGAAGCUAUCUCCUACAUUCAAUCGCAUAAUCAAGAUAAAAGUAUAAUAUUGACUGAUUCUCUGAGCUGCUUACAGGACCUGAAGAGACUACCAUUUCACUCCAAGGAUAACUUCUACCUUACCUUAAAAAUAAAAGAUAAACUUAGAGAAUGUCAUGAUGCCAAUUUGCAAGUAGUCUUAGCAUGGAUCCCUAGCCACUCAGGCAUAUCUGGUAACGAGGUCGUGGACCAAUAUGCAAAAGCUGCCAUACACCAGAGUUUCGCUUCUGACCAAAAAUGCUUUACUCGAGACAUAAGAUCUUCGAUAAGAUGUCUGCUUUUUGAAAAUUGGAAUAAAUCAUGGCAACUCUCACGUAGAGCCAAGGGUCAACACUACGGUAACCUGCAACCAAAUAUCCCUCCUAAACCCUGGUUUUUCAAGCACAAAGGCUAUUCUAAGGUAGCAACUUCGAAUAUUAUCAGAUUACGACUUGGACACAUUUGUUCGCCAGUGCGCCUGGCCAAGAUGCGAAUAAGGGACAGCUCUAUCUGUGAAUGUGGAUUGGACGAAGGGUGGAUGGAUACUCUACCGAACACCGUAUAUACAUCACCGACGAUCUAUAUCAUACUGGCCGUGUGUUAUCCAACCUCGACACUGGCGGAAUCAUCAAGCCCUGAUGGAGCCAUAAUACACAAAAAUUGAUU